UUGGCUUUUUGUGCCCUCACCUGUGCUGUUUUGAACAUUAUAAACUGGACAAAAAGGGCACAAUGACUUACUUGAAACAUGCUUUGAUAAAGUCCUUUGAAAAGUCAUUCAUUUUUCUUCCAUACCAUGAAGGGUAUCAUUGGAUUCUGCUUGUCAUUUGCCCUAUGGUCGAUAAGGGAUAUGUUUUUGAUUCCAUGUCGAGUUCUUCUAGCAUUAGUAUUCAAAGAGACUUAACCACAAUGUACAGGGUUGCAUCCGCACAAAAAGGUAGCGGUAAGCCAAUUAAAUGGAAUAGUGUGAAGGUUGCACAACAAACCGGAAGUACUGAAUGUGGAUAUUAUGUCAUGAGAUUCAUGUGGGAAAUAAUAUCAUACUCUGAAAAUCAUGAUAUUGGAAAGUUAUGAAUAAAUUGUAUGGCGUUCAAGAAGUGAACCAUACACAUUAGAAGAGUUCAAUGAUAUCAGAAAUGUAUGGUCAAGAUACUUUCUUGAUGUUGUAUUGUAAAGUUGAGAAAAAACUACUUAGCCAAACA